GUUGGGUAUGCUGAAACAGUCGCAGUGAGUGGUCAGCUGCGCGUCCCUCCUGUCGAAGGGAGACCGGCAUCGGUGUUGAGAAAGGGAAGUUUGCAAGUGGGAGAGAAGCCCCCAGAUUUGUCUCCGGGCGUCAAACCUGUACUCUUUACUCUUACCCUGUGACUCCAAAGUAGCAGCAGCCGCAAGAGUGAUGGAGAACGGGGGAGCAGCGGGGAGAAGUGGAGUUCCCUCGUGGGACUUCUGGGAGCUCGGGAACUGGACGUCGUCACACGUCGCCUCGUCCUCUUCUUACGUCGCAGCCCGCCCCACUCAUACCACGGCCGCCGCUUCUUCUUCCACUGCUGCCGCCACUUGUUUGCCCUUCUCCGGCCAUCAGAUCGUGGCAGAGAGCAGCGGGGACCACCGGGCCUCGCAGUACCACGACCACCGCCACCACACCCACACCCACCUGGCGUGCCUGAAGCUGGGGAAGAGGCAGUACUACGGGGAAGAGAGCGGGGUCGCCGCCAUGAAGCGAGAGAGGCCCGCAGCGGCGCCGAGGUGCCAGGUGGACGGGUGCAGCAAGGUGCUGGUGGACGAGAAGGAGUACCACAAGCGGCACAAGGUGUGCGAGCUGCACUCCAAGGCUCCGAGGGUGGUGGUGCUCGGCGUCGAGCAGCGCUUCUGUCAGCAGUGCAGCAGGUUUCAUGUGAUAUCCGAGUUUGACGACUCCAAGAGGAGCUGCAGAAGGCGGCUGGCGGGGCACAACGAGCGCAGAAGGAAGAACAGCAGCGAGCCCAUCACCAGAAACCCUGCUUUAGAAAGCGCAAUCAUCGGAGGCAUGGCCCCAUACCUGUCUGCUUCCCCGGGUUGUGCUCUCUCUCUUCUGUCAUCCAAGGCUUCUCCUUGGAUUGCAACAUCCGACUUCUCAUCCCGAUCAAGCGCCGCACUCAACGAGCUGAUUGCCGAGAACCGCGCUGCCGUGCUUGCCCGGCAGCUGCUCGCUGAUGGAAGUGGAUGGCACGCCAUGGUCUCUGUAAAGCAGCAGCAGCCGCCCGUCUUCUGGUCACAUAUACAGCACCAAGCAACGCCACAGCCGAUGCCACCGCAUGCUGAUGGUUGGAGUCGCUUGCAGGGAGCCGGAGGCCAUGUGACGCUUGACCUCAUGCAGAUGCCCGACUCCUUCGAGAUUGUUUCAGGGAGGAGGAGCAAGUCAAAAGAGGAUGACGAGGAGAGCAGUGAGAUCUGGAAAUCCUUGGCAGGAACACACGUGGUAUGAAGUUUCAACCCUAAACCUCAAGUACCUCAAAGCAAUUUUCCAUUUGAUUAAUUUUUAUGUACUAUUUUUUGUGAGCUAAUUCGCUUUAGGUCAAUGCUCAUUAUGCUACAUCUUGCAAAACAUUUGCUAGUUUCUAUAUGUCUGGGCUUGGAAACUUGCCUAAGCUGACAGUUCUUUGUCCACUUCUUAUGUAUUUCUAAACGUUAGCAUUAA